CUGAAUAGAUGAAUGCAGCAACCACAGACAGAUAUUGAAUAAGAGACCAUAUUUGCUUGGGAGUGUUUACUCAACAGCAUUCAGGGUGUCUUGAAAACAUGGAGUUCACCCAAGCUGAUAGACGUUAUUUAGACAAGAGCGAACAGGAUACAGGUUCUUUUGGAAACUCUGAUGACGCCCUGAAAUAUGAUAGUGGACACAGAGCCCAUGAUUUCAGCUGCAUCCACAGCAAAGAUCUGCUCCCUGCUGAAGAGGGAGAGGAAGCAACCAAGCAGUUCCUGCAGGAGCUGGUAAACAUUUUGUUGGCCUACAUCAGUAAAUCCCUGAAAAACAGCUCCAAAGUUGUAGAUUUUCACUAUCCGCACCAGCUUAAGGAAGGUCUGGAGGGAUUCAGCCUGGAGCUUCCUGACCAGCCGGAAAAUUUGGAGCAGCUAUUGGUGGACUGCAGAGACACGCUGAAGUAUGGUGUUAAAACAGGCCAUCCGAGAUUUUUCAACCAGCUGUCAACCGGACUUGACAUUAUUGGUCUGGCAGGAGAAUGGUUGACGUCCACAGCAAAUACAAACAUGUUCACCUAUGAAAUAUCACCAGUUUUUAUACUCAUGGAGGAGGUAGUUCUGAGAAAAAUGCAUACAAUUAUUGGAUGGCAAGAGGAAGAUGGAGAUGGCAUCUUUUGUCCUGGGGGCACCAUGUCCAAUCUGUACAGUGUGUUGUUGGCUAGGUUCCAUUUCUUUCCGGCAGUGAAGACCCUUGGGAUGUCUGCGAUACCUCGCCUGGCGCUGUUCACCUCCGCGCACAGUCAUUAUUCAAUCAAGAAGUCUGCAGCAGUUCUCGGCAUCGGCUCUGAAAAUGUUAUAGUCGUCAGAUGUGACGAAAGGGGGAAGAUGAUCUCAUCAGAACUAAACUCCAGCAUUGAUGCAGCAAAGUCUAAGGGUCUGGUCCCAUUCUAUGUCAAUGCAACUGCAGGAACCACAGUCUAUGGAGCAUUUGACCCUCUGAAUGAAAUAGCAGACAUUUGUGAGCGCCAUGGCCUAUGGAUGCAUGUGGAUGCUGCCUGGGGUGGAGGCUUGCUUCUGUCAAACAAGCAUCGUGUGAAAAUGCAAGGAAUUAAAAGAGCUCAUUCUGUGACCUGGAACCCACACAAGAUGAUGGGGGUCCCACUGCAAUGCUCAGCCAUUCUAGUGAAGAGAAAGGGCCUCCUGCAGGCGUGUAAUCAACUCUGUGCUGAGUAUCUCUUCCAACCUGAUAAACCCUAUGACGUGACCUAUGACACCGGGGAUAAAAGCAUUCAGUGUGGACGGCAUGUGGACAUCUUUAAACUGUGGCUCAUGUGGAAGGCGAAGGGCUCCGAGGGUUUUGAAGCACAGGUCAACCACUGCCUAGAAAAUGGAGAGUAUCUUUACUACAAGCUGAAGAGAAGGACAGAUUUUCAGCUUGUCUUCAAAGGAAAACCUGAACACAGUAAUGUCUGCUUUUGGUAUCUCCCAAAACGAGUGCAGAGCAUUCCUCCAGGUCCUGAGCGAGACCGGGAACUUCACUUGGUAGCUCCAAAAAUCAAGACAAAGAUGAUGGAGGAAGGAUUCAUAAUGAUUGGCUAUCAACCUCUGGAAGAUAAAGUGAAUUUCUUCCGUUGUGUUUUCUCCAACCCAGCCACACAAAGGGAGGAUGUGGACUUCCUAUUAGAUGAAAUUGCUCGUCUGGGCUGUGAACUCUAGUUUG